UAAUGACGUAGGUAAUUAAUUAGUACAAAUUACCUAAUUUACCCCUCCUGCCCCACUCCACUAGACCGCUCACCAGAUUAACUCCCAAACAGUACCUUCGGUUGUUCGUCGAGCUGUGUAUUUGGGGAAUCAUAAGAGAAGAGGAGAGAGAUCUGCACUUCACACACACUAAUUGCCGUUGCAAUUAAAUUAAAUUAACAGGAGAAAUAAUUUUUUCCGGAAGAUCCGCUAAUUCUCCUCUCACAAACUUGUGAUUCGUCGCACAACGAAUUCAUUUUUUUCGUUUUUCAGUUGAAUUGAAACCAAACAGAUCUCUGCAGAAUGGCGCAGCCGCUUGUGAAGAAAGACGACGAUCGCGAUGAAGAAGUUGAUUACUCUCCUUUUAUGGGGAUUGAGAAGGGAGCGGUGUUACAGGAAGCUAGGGUUUUUAAUGACCCUCAAUUAGAUGCAAGAAAAUGUUCACAGGUUAUCACGAAGCUUCUGUAUCUUCUGAAUCAGGGUGAAACUUUUACAAAGUUCGAAGCUACAGAUGUAUUUUUUGCUGUCACAAAGCUGUUCCAGUCCAAAGAUAUUGGUUUGAGAAGGAUGGUUUAUCUAAUGAUAAAGGAAAUUUCUCCCUCUGCAGAUGAGGUUAUCAUUGUCACAAGCUCCCUAAUGAAGGACAUGAAUAGCCGCACUGAUAUGUAUCGAGCAAAUGCUAUCCGUGUUCUAUGUCGGAUUAUUGAUGGAACACUUUUGACACAAAUCGAGAGAUACCUAAAGCAAGCUAUCGUGGACAAAAAUCCAGUAGUUGCUAGUGCUGCUCUUGUCAGCGGUAUUCACCUGCUACAGACAACUCCAGAGAUAGUAAAAAGAUGGAGUAAUGAAGUACAAGAAGCUGUGCAAUCACGGGCUGCACUUGUACAGUUCCAUGCACUUGCUCUGCUCCACCAGAUACGACAAAACGAUCGGUUGGCUAUUAGCAAGUUGGUUACCAGCUUGACAAAGGGGACUGUUCGUUCUCCUUUAGCUCAAUGCCUUUUGAUUCGCUACACUAGUCAGGUUAUCAGGGAAUCAGGUGUUAAUUCUCAAACAGUAGACCGCCCAUUCUAUGACUAUCUUGAGGGUUGUCUCCGUCAUAAAGCUGAAAUGGUUAUCUUUGAAGCAGCUAAGGCAAUCACGGAACUGAGUAAUGUCACUACCCGAGAGUUGACCCCUGCCAUAACUGUUUUGCAGCUUUUCUUAAGUUCUUCUAAGCCCGUGCUGAGGUUUGCUGCUGUCCGUACAUUGAAUAAGGUGGCUAUGACACAUCCUAUGCCUGUGACUAGUUGUAAUAUAGACAUGGAGAGCUUGAUUUCGGACCAGAAUAGAAGUAUAGCAACUCUUGCCAUUACCACUCUUCUGAAAACAGGCAAUGAAUCUAGUGUCGAUCGCUUGAUGAAGCAGAUUACAAAUUUCAUGUCUGAUAUUGCUGAUGAAUUUAAGAUUGUUGUGGUAGAAGCCAUAAGAUCACUGUGUCUGAAGUUCCCUCUGAAGUACAGAUCUCUGAUGAAUUUCUUGAGCAAUAUCUUGAGGGAAGAGGGUGGGUUCGACUACAAAAAGGCAAUUGUUGAUUCAAUUGUGAUUCUGAUUAGAGAUAUUCCAGAUGCCAAAGAAAGUGGACUGCUGCAUCUGUGUGAAUUUAUUGAAGAUUGUGAAUUCACUUAUCUUUCCACCCAGAUACUUCACUUUCUCGGAAAUGAGGGACCCAAGACCUCAGAUCCCAGUAAAUAUAUCCGCUAUAUUUACAAUCGAGUGAUACUUGAGAAUGCUACUGUCCGAGCCAGUGCUGUCAGCACACUAGCGAAAUUUGGUGCAAUGGUUGAUACACUUAAACCACGCGUAUUCAUUUUAUUGAGGCGUUGCCUUUUCGACAAUGAUGACGAGGUUCGUGAUAGAGCCACACUGUACCUAAACACUCUUGGAGAUGGUUCAGUUACUGAAACUCACAAAGAUGUUAAAGAUUUUUUGUUUGGCUCAUUUGAUAUACCCCUGACAAAUUUGGAGAUUACUUUGAAAAACUAUUUACAAAAUCCUGCAGAAAAGCCUUUUGAUAUUACAUCUGUCCCUAGGGAGGUUAAAUCUCAGCCUCUUGCUGAGAAGAAAGCCACUGGCAAAAAGCCAACUGGUUUGGGUGCUCCACCUCCGCCCCCCACUUCUGCAGCUGAUGCUUAUGAAAGAAUUCUCACUGCGAUCCCUGAAUUUGCAAGUUUUGGAAAGCUUUUCAAGUCAUCAGCUCCGGUGGAGCUUACAGAAGCAGAAACCGAGUAUGCAGUUAAUGUUGUCAAGCAUAUAUUUGACAGCCACGUGGUGUUUCAGUACAAUUGCACAAAUACGAUAGCAGAGCAGCUACUUGAAAAUGUGACUGUUGUUGUGGAUGCUUCUGAAGCAGAGGAGUUCUCUGAAGUAGGAACAAAACCUAUAAAAUCUCUUCCAUAUGAUACACCAGCCCAAACAUUUGUGGCAUAUGAGAAACCUGAAGGCAUCCCUGCCAUCGGGAAAUUCUCGAAUACGCUGAGGUUUACUGUUAAAGAGGUUGAUACAUCUACCGGUGAGGCUGAAGAUGAUGGUGUGGAAGAUGAGUACCAGCUAGAGGAUUUCGAAGUAGUUGCUGCAGAUUAUAUUCUUAAAGUGGGGGUCUCUAACUUCAAGAAUGCAUGGGAAAGCAUGGACGCUGAAUCUGAGCGCGUAGAUGAAUAUGGUCUUGGUGCUAGAGAAAGUCUGACAGAAGCUGUGAAUGCAGUCAUCAAUCUUCUUGGCAUGCAACCUUGUGAGGGAACAGAGGUUGUUACGAGCAACUCAAGAUCGCAUACAUGUUUGUUAUCGGGUGUGUACAUAGGCAAUGUGAAGGUGCUUGUCCGAUUGUCGUUCGGUAUUGAUGGCUCAAAAGAUGUGGCGAUGAAGUUAGCUGUGAGAUCUGAUGACGUAAAUGUUAGUGAUGUGAUCCAUGAAAUCGUUGCUAGUGGGUAGUUUUUAAAUAAAACUCAACCCUUUUAGUUUAUUUUAUUUUAUUCUUUUUUGUAUUUCUUGGCUGAGGAAACUAUUUUUGUUUGGUAGAUUAAAUUCUUGUUUUUACUAACAUCAGUCAGAUUUAUUUGCGUAAUGGAGAUGAGAGUUUGUAUGUACGAGCACACUAGUAGUGGAAAAAUAUAUGGACUGUGUACAAUAUUCGACUUUUCCGCUGGAAUGGGGAAAAUCCAUAGUAUAUUAUAUCGAUUGAUUUCUUAUCAUUUCUCCUUUUGAGAUGAUGAACUGAAUUUCGAUUUUAAUGUCGUAACUUCGUAA